GGAACAAGUGAUCUCCGGGUGCUGGUUUCCCCUCGUGCCGAUUUGGGUGAUGGACCGAGUAGCGGGAGUGCUAGGGAAACGGACAGCAAAGGUUGUCUGAAGGCCGAAGCCAAGAUGGCGGCUCUGGCGGCUCCUGGCCUGCUCUUUGUGCGGAUCCUGAGGUCUGGUGUAUGCACAGUGGCACCGGUGUGCAGUGUCCACCACAGUGUGGCCAUGGAGGGCCCAAGCAGCUCACAGCCUGCCCUAUCCAAGGCCGGAGCUGUGGUUCCCAAACCCUCCAGCCUUCCCAGAAGUCGUGCUGAGUAUGUGAUAACCAAGCUGGAUGACCUUAUCAACUGGGCCCGCAGGAGCUCCAUGUGGCCCAUGACCUUCGGCCUAGCAUGCUGCGCGGUGGAGAUGAUGCAUAUGGCUGCACCACGCUAUGACAUGGACCGCUUUGGAGUGGUGUUCCGGGCCAGCCCUCGCCAGGCUGAUGUGAUGAUCGUGGCUGGCACACUCACCAACAAGAUGGCCCCUGCACUGCGCAAGGUGUAUGACCAGAUGCCAGAGCCACGCUAUGUGGUGUCCAUGGGGAGCUGUGCCAAUGGUGGGGGCUACUAUCACUACUCCUAUUCAGUUGUGCGAGGCUGUGACCGCAUUGUCCCCGUGGACAUCUAUGUGCCAGGUUGCCCACCCACGGCAGAGGCGCUGCUCUAUGGCAUCCUGCAGCUGCAGCGGAAGAUCAAGCGGGAGCAGAGGCUCAAGAUCUGGUACCGCAGGUAGAAAGCCUCAUGCAGGAUCCCAGUGUGAAUAAACCCAACUGAACCCUGA